GGACGUCGAAGAGCUCCCGGUUUCUCAGGCCCCGGCUUCCAAUACCCCUCGCUCCCCCAUUGUCCAGAUGGCCGAUGAAGAGUGGCCUCGGGAGAAUGUGCAGUUCUCUAUUAAAAAAGGGACUGCCAUUGUGCACGGCACCAUGGACCCGAAGGAUUUCUUGAAUGGUGCCACCCCCCCCCCCCCCCCCCCCCCCGCUAGACAGGUCGGCCCUCAGCCGAUAUGAGGAUGAGGCCGUUGAAUCCAAACUCCUUCGUGCCUCCGUCACAGCCAGCGUCCUCCUCGGGGAACAUAUCCGGAGGCUGGAGCAAACGCGCGCCCACAAGGCGGAAGACGACGAGGCCCUCAAGAAACUUGUCGCAACAAAUACCGAGGCCAUCAGGAAGAUGGCAACAUUGGAGGAGACCCUUCGGCGCGAGAGGGAGGCAAUGUCGAAGGAACUUGAGAAGGCCAAGGCCGAGGGUAAGGCUGAAGCGGAGGCAGCGGCCGUUGCAGCAGCCAAGGAGGCCGCCGAAGCUGCAGAGAAGUCGAAGUCGGAGGCGGUGACCCAAGCUGUUGCAAACUUCAUUGCCGGAGGCUGGAGGGCCGAGGACCAGAAGGCAUGGAGGGUCUCGG